GAGGCCACGGUGACCCACCCAGCUGCAAUUCCUUGGUGAGGAGGCUCCGUCAGAUCCCAGGGCCUCAGAAUGGCAUAGACCAGGGAGGGUUCAGGGAAGGGGACACACAGAGGGGCUUAUGCUGGUGCUAGUGCUGUGGGUGUCCCUGGCAUUCAUGGAGCUCCAGGGAGGCAAGAUGGCAAUGUCAGCCUCAAACCUGAGUUGCUUCCAGUGCUUCAAGGUCAGCAGCGCAAGCCAGUGCCUGCCUGCCAAGUGCCGUGCCCCGGAGCAGGCCUGUGUCUCCCAUGAGGUGGUCGUCCAAAACAGUUUAAGGAUGAAAGUUCAGAUCAGCAAGCGCUGUGCUCCCAGAUGUCCCAGUUCCAACAGCUGGUAUGAGUGGAUGCUCAACUUUGGGAUACAGGCAAGCAUUGCCAGGCACUGCUGCUCCAAGAAUCUCUGCAACAAGGCAUUCACUAGGCAGGAGGGGCUCUGGGUCAGGCCAGGACACCCAGAGAAUGCUCCCUGCGUGAGAUGUCAGGGAGGGCACCUUGGCCUCCACCCUAGACCCCACCAUGCCCCUGUCUGACACCUUCACACUGGAAGACAGGAAAGCAGACCCUGCUCCUCAGAGAGAAGAAGGUGGCCUUUCUGGUUUGGGGGAAGGGCUCCUUGCAGAAGGUUCCUGCCCUGAGCAGGCUACCUAGGCCCUAUGAGGGACAGGAAGGGGCUGCUAAGACCAGACUCUAGCUCCACCAUCUCAGUCACCACUGUCCAAGGAACCCAGGAACAAGAACCCUGGGAUGCCACCACCAUGUGCUGGGAUCACACCCCUCACUCCUCAGAGACAAUAAAUACUCAUUGC